AUGUGUUUGCGCUGCUCUCAUGCUUGUUCUCCUCCCACUACAUGCCUCCACCUCGUACCCUCUCCCACCCCCAUGUGUGCAUCACCUGGUGAGGCAGAAGCAACAGGCGUGCACAGGCGGCUGUUGGUGCAAGCAGGAGGGACGGUGGAGGGUUUGCAAGCAGCGGUGGCGGCAGUGGAGGCGGAAAUGGCGACAAUGAAAACCAAGAUGAGCGACCUGGCAGUGGCAACAGAGCAGGUUGCUAAGGAGGCGGGUAACUUGCGGGCGGUGUUGCAGGGCGAGGGGCACUGGGCCACAGCCAACCUCACCCGCCAUUUCCUGCUCUCCACAGCGCCCUCUCACCCAGACCGCUGUGCCGUGCUCUCUCUCGACCGCCGGGCACUGCAGCGGCAGUCCAAGCGCGGCCCCAAGGGCCCGCCUCUCUCCUGGAAGGGCUACGCAUGUGAGGCAGCACCAUCGCAAAUCCAGAAGUACACAGAUAUUGAGGCGAGGGCGCUGUGCCCCGAUGACUGGUUCUUCGUGCAAGAGCUCGUGUUUCUCAAGAACUGCUUCUCUCUGCCGCCCCGCCGCUGCCUUGCGCGCACGCCGCAGCAACCCACAGAGCCAUUGCCGUUCCCACAAUCCCUAUUCGAUCAAGCGGCGUUGGCAGACGGGGGGGUGAGGUGGGAGCAGCAGCAGUGCGGGUCGUUCCACUGCCUUAACACGCGCGCUCUGGGCGACUGUCGCAACUGCUUCAACCUGUCUCUUGAGAGCCACCGCUGGCAGCACCGCUUUCGAGGCAACCCCACCAUGCACGACGUAAUGCAACUCAAAAACGGCUCCCUCAGGUUGGGGCUGGACGUGGGAGGCGGCACGGGCAGCUUCGCAGCGCACAUGGCACGGCACGGGGUGACGGUGAUGACGACAGCCAUGAACUACGAGACCGUGUCGGGGCGGCAUGCGGGGCUGCCUUACUUUGAAGCCAUCGCCAUGCGCGGCCUCAUCCCGCUCUUCCUGCCCCAUAAGGCGCGGCUACCAUUCUACGACAACACUCUUGACGUGAUUCACAGCGUCAACAGCGUCAAGUACAUGCCCGUGAUGGAGUUUGAAGAGCUCAUUUUUGAGUGGGACCGCGUGCUCAGACCAGGUGGCCUCAUGUGGUUUGAGAUGUUCUAUGCACCAGUAGAUGACAUGGUGCUCUAUGUGGCCAUGCUGCAGCAGCUGCGCUACCGCCGCCUGCACUGGACGCUCAUGUUCCCACUCCACCCACCUCUCCCCACCCCUUCCUUUUCCCCAGGCGGCCUCAUGUGGUUUGAGAUGUUCUAUGCACCAGUAGACGACAUGGUGCUCUAUGUGGCCGUGCUGCAGCAGCUGCGCUACCGCCGCCUGCACUGGACGCUCAUGCCCAAGCCCGACCGCGGGGAGAUAGAGGCUCACCAAUUGUAUCUCAACUGUGUUAUUGAGAAACCCGCCAGGCGAAAUGCGCUCAAACCUGUUGAAUUCUCACGAGCAUGUAUUCCUGUUGCGUUUAUAAUCGAUUUUUCUACCAAGUUUGCACUGUAG